UACAAUGGAAGGGCCUUAAGGAUGCCAGAUUCCAGUUCCCCCAUGCGUUGCGCUGGUAUCAUCACAUAGCAAGUUUCGGAACUGCAAUCGGCCAGUUUCCUGACGCCCCAGUCGCUCAGUGUCCAAACAGCAACAGUUUAGAGGAAAAGAGGGAAAAGAACAAUGCUAGAAAGCCUAAAACGACAGCGAGUGUGAGCAUAGCUGUGAUGAAGAAGAAGGACAAAGGAGGAGGAGGUGGAAAGGGCGCAGGAGAAAUGACCCCAUGGCCCGAUUUCAUUCAAGAACGUCUGAACUUGUGGGACAAGUUGAAGAAAGAGGCUGAUGAAGCGCUAGCUGCUAAAGUGUCCGAACCCAUACAGAUAACACUGCCAGAUGGUGCUGUGAAAGAUGGAAAGUCAUGGCAGACCACCCCAUUUGAAAUAGCACAGGGGAUCUCCCAGGGCUUGGCUGAAAACACUGUAGUGGCAAAAGUUAAUGGAGUUGUUUGGGACCUUGAUCGUCCAUUUGAAGGAAACUCUACUUUGGAGCUCCUCAAAUUCGACAGUGAUGAGGCUAAAGCUGUCUUUUGGCAUUCCUCUGCGCAUAUCCUUGGCGAAGCAUUGGAGCGGGUAUAUGGUGGUCACCUAUGUUAUGGACCUCCUAUAGAGGAAGGCUAUUAUUAUGAUUUCCACACUGAUGGUGCCGGAGUUUCCAACCUGGACUUCCCUGGAAUUGAAGAUGUGAUGAAAAAAAUAACCAAAGAAAAACAACCUUUUGAAAGACUGGAGAUGAAGAAAAGCCGACUUGUAGAGAUGUUUAAAUACAAUCAGUUUAAGGUCCGUAUUCUAAAUGAGAAGGUCAAGACUGAAACCACAACUGUUUAUCGUUGUGGGCCUCUCAUCGAUUUGUGUAGAGGACCACAUGUGCGACAUACUGGCAAAAUUAAGGCUUUUACCGUUACCAAAAACUCUUCUGCCUACUGGGAAGGAAAAAGUGAUGCAGAGUCAUUGCAGCGUGUGUAUGGUAUCAGUUUCCCUGACCCCAAGCAGUUGAAGGAAUGGAAACACUUCCAAGAAGAGGCAGCCAAACGUGAUCAUAGGAAGCUAGGUAUCCAGCAGAAACUUUUCUUUUUCCAUGAACUCAGUCCAGGAAGCUGUUUCUUCACUCCUCGUGGAGCAUACAUUUACAAUACUCUGGUAGAUUUCAUUCGUGGCGAAUACAGAAAGCGAGGAUUCCAGGAAGUAAUCUCCCCUAACAUGUAUAAUACCAAGCUUUGGGAAACUUCAGGACACUGGCAGCAUUAUGCUGAAAAUAUGUUUUCUUUUGAAAUUGAAAAGGAGAAAUUUGCCUUAAAGCCCAUGAACUGCCCAGGGCACUGCCUUAUGUUUGCCAAUACUUCUCGUUCAUGGCGAGAGUUGCCACUUCGCAUGGCUGACUUUGGUGUUCUUCACCGUAAUGAACUUUCAGGUGCACUAACUGGUUUGACCAGAGUAAGAAGAUUCCAGCAGGAUGAUGCUCAUAUUUUCUGCCCUCCAGAGAUGAUCAAGUCUGAGAUUAAAGGCUGUUUAGAGUUUCUCUCUUCUGUUUACACUACUUUUGGGUUUGAGUUCUGUUUAAAGCUGUCAACUCGUCCUGAAAAGUACCUUGGUGAAAUUGAAAUGUGGAACCAAGCUGAAGAUCAGCUCAGAGCUUCCCUUGAUGAAUUUGGAUCUGAAUGGAAACUCAACCCUGAAGAUGGUGCCUUUUACGGUCCAAAGAUUGAUAUCACUGUCACAGAUGCACUGAGGCGCCAACACCAGUGUGCCACCAUUCAACUAGACUUCCAACUUCCCAUCCGCUUUGACCUGAAUUAUGUGUCAGAGACUGGAGAGAAGAAGCGACCAGUAAUCAUUCACAGGGCCAUUCUGGGAUCUGUCGAGCGUAUGAUUGCCAUCCUUACAGAGUCCUUUGGUGGGAAGUGGCCAUUUUGGCUGUCACCAAGGCAGUGUAUGGUCAUUCCUGUUGCCCCUCCUUUUGAUGAUUUUGCUAUCAAUGUUCAGAAGCAACUCUACGAGGCAGGUUUUCAGGCAGACUAUGAUACUGAUCCUGGUGAUACCAUGAAUAAGAAAAUAAGAAAUGCUCAGCUUGAACAGUAUAACUUCAUCUUUGUUGUUGGCGAAAAGGAAAAAGAAAACAACACUGUCAAUGUACGCACUCGAGAUAAUAAAGUUCAUGGUGAACAUAGCAUUGGAGACGUUAUUAAAAAGUUAUCCGCUCUGAAACAGAACUAUGUUUUAAAUUGGGAAGACUCAUUUUAACCAGAAUUGUUUGCGUAAAUAUUUUUAUUUCUGAUUGCAUACUUUGUAGGCCCAGUAUUCUAUUUAACUUAAAAUAUAUGGUUUCAUAUAAUAAUGAUGAAUGUUACAUGGGAAUAUUUCCAUAAGUUUUAAGUUAUAACAAAAUAAAAAAAAAAGUAAAGCACCUGCAACAA